UAAACUUGGUAAAAAAUCAAAGUAAAAAAAAGUUUAAUUUGAGAUGGAGAGACUAUAUAUAUGGGUGGCGCCUGGCAUCUCCGCUCCGGGGCUGCAAGAGAGAGUAAUUAAAUUUGUAUUGAUCAGUAAAAAAAACAGAGCGCCGGAGAUGAUGAAGGAGGCUGCGGUGGGCGGCGGCGGCGGCGGGGUGGAGAGCGGGCGGAGGGAGGAGGAGUACCAGGACUUGCUGGCGGUGAUGGCGGAGAAGCUGGACGUGGAGAGCUUCGUGGGGGAGCUGUGCGGCGGGUUCCGGCUGCUGGCGGAGGCGGGGACGGGGCUGAUCACUCCGGGCAGCCUCCAGAGGAACUCGGCGGUGCUGGGGAUGGAAGGGAUGAGCAAGGCGGAGGCGGAGGCCAUGGUGACGGAGGGCGACCUCGACGGCGACGGCGCCCUGAACGAGAUGGAGUUUUGCAUACUAAUGGUGAGACUGAGUCCGGAAAUGAUGGAAGAGGCAGAGGAAUGGCUUGACAAGGCACUCCAAUCUCACCUCCCCACUCCUACAAAUUAAUUUAAUCCCCAAUUAAUUAAUAAUUAUUAUUAUUAUUAUUAAUGUCAAAAAUUAAAUGUAUGUGUCAAAAUUUUAGUUUAGUAGUAGUACUACUACUUUGUCAUUAUUCUCUCUUUCUUCUUCUUUUUUUCUUUUGUUUUGUGAAGAAAAAAAAUGUGUUUUUCGGUUUUCUUUUCGAUCCGUCUCAUGAAGAUGUAUUUGUUUCUAUCUUUCAAAAUCUAGUGUGAUCCGCGGUGUUCAUCUUUGUUUUGAAAAAUCUUCAGAGCGUUUAUUUCUUAAGAAAGACGGAAAGUCUCA